GGAAGAAGCUUGUAUUGGAGAGGGACAAAAAAGAAAAAAAAAAAAGAAAGAAAGCUAAAGAUAACAAAUUGCCACCUGUGCCCGAAGGAUUACCAGUGUCCUUUUAAUCUAAUGCAAUUUAAAAGUUUAGCCACAGACGCCCUCCAAGAGCAAAGUGGAGGGAUCUCUUUGUUUUGUUUUUUUUUGUCUUGUCAACUAACCCCCUCUAGUGCUGAACAGGCUGCAUUUGACCUGCGGGCUGCUCGCAGCUACUAGGCAGCUCUUUCCUCUGCCUUCUGCAUCCACGUCCAUACAUACCGGUCUCACCUCUUCUCAAGAGAACAACUGAGGAGAAGGUGACAACAAGAGUCCGAGCUUUUUCAUCGCUGGCUCCUCUUCCUUUCUCCCCUUCCAUUCGCCCACAUAAGGAUCCAGUAGUGUUACUGUGUUUUCCCCCUCCCCCCUGUUUUGGCGGGGAAGGAAAGAGAGAGAGAUUUCUGCAGCAAGCGGUGGCUGCUGCCUGGUAUGGUUGCUGCUCGGAAAACCUCAGCAGCCCUCCUGCCGGCUCGGACGCCAGGUAACAUCAAGCCUGCUUGUCUUGACCGAGGACUGGUUUACUCCAAAAAAGCAAGAAGAGAAGGCAGUCGUCAAGAGCGCGAGUCGAAGCUGAUGGGAAGCCACGGAGAUGUCGGUGGGCGCAAGGAAGACCAACCCAACGGAGUCUAAUCUGCGACUGCUUGGCGUCCGGGAGCCACCGUCCCAGCCAAGGGGAGCCCGUCGCGGCGGCUGGGAAAUCCUGCUUGGCAAGUUUUCUUGACGGCUCAUCAGGAAACGGCGAGGAGCUGUCCAGCAUUUCAGCACUUUCUCGCGGCGGAGAGAGACGCUGCCUUGGGAGGGACCUUCCCAUCACCAAGGGCGGGAAUUCUCUUUUCCGGGCGCUGUCCCUCAUGGGCAGGCGGGGGGCCGGACACGCUGCAAGGGGGCUACCGGAGAUGUUGCUCCCCAGGAGGCUGCUGCCGUUGUGGGCUUUUUUGCAAGAGGGCAGGCUGCUAUUGAAAGGCUGAGCAAGGAAGCCAGAAGAAAGAAGGCAGCCAGGUGGGCGCCACCAGCAGCCUGCAUAACCCGUCCCCCCCCCACCCCGCACCGCAAACACACACACACCGCCCGAGCCAGGGAAAGUUUGCCUGCUGAGCUCUUCACCUUCUCAGCAAGCUCUUCACCUUCCAGACGGUGCCCCUUGGCCUUUCUUGCUGCCGGGUCUCGCUCUUCUCAGGACGCCCUCCACUCCCCUACCCUACGGUGGAUGAAACUGGUCCAGCUUUGGCAGCACCUGGUAACCUGGACCCUCCCUUCCCCUUGGGGCCUUGGGCAUUGCCUCUUAGCCUGGAGGAGGAAGAGAACCUGAAGCCCCCACCCCCUCCCAGGGGCCAGGACGAGGGGCUCAAGCACCAGCCAUGGGGAGCUAUGAAAUGAGGGGCUUCCUUUGGAAAUUUAGUCUCAUCUUCCCUCUGCUGACAGCAUGUCCAGGUGGCUGCAGUCACAUCUCUAGCAACCAAGUUGUGUUGCUUGAUACAACCACUGCAAUUGGAGAACUAGGAUGGAAAACCUAUCCUCUAAAUGGGUGGGAUGCCAUAACAGAAAUGGAUGAAUAUAAUCGCCCCAUUCAUACUUACCAGGUAUGUAAUGUCAUGGAACCCAACCAAAACAACUGGCUUCGUUCAAAUUGGAUCUCCCGUGAUGCAGCCCAGAAAAUUUAUGUGGAAAUGAAGUUUACUCUGAGGGAUUGCAACAGCAUUCCAUGGGUACUGGGAACAUGCAAAGAAACAUUUAACCUCUACUACCUGGAAUCAGAUGAAUCCCAUGGAAUUAAAUUCAAGCCAAAUCAAUACAGUAAAAUUGAUACUAUUGCAGCUGAUGAGAGUUUUACUCAGAUGGAUUUGGGUGAUCGCAUCCUGAAACUGAACACAGAAGUUCGUGAGGUGGGACCAAUAAACAGGAAAGGAUUUUUUCUUGCUUUUCAAGACAUUGGUGCAUGCAUUGCUUUGGUCUCUGUCCGUGUUUACUACAAAAAGUGCCCUUUCACUGUUCGGAACUUGGCUAUGUUUCCUGAUACUAUUCCAAGGGUUGAUUCUUCCUCUUUAGUGGAAGUACGAGGCUCCUGUGUGAAAAGUGCUGAGGAACGGGACACUCCAAAAUUAUAUUGUGGAGCAGACGGAGAUUGGCUUGUGCCUUUAGGAAGAUGUAUCUGCAGUGUUGGGUAUGAAGAAGUGGAUGGCUCCUGCCACGCAUGCAGGUCAGGAUUCUAUAAAGCAUUUGCUGGAAAUAUAAAGUGUUCCAAGUGCCCUCCACACAGCCAAACCUUUGUAGAAGCAACAUCGGUGUGUCAGUGUGAAAAAGGUUACUUUCGGGCUGAGAAAGAUCCACCAACUAUGGCAUGUACCCGUCCACCUUCUGCUCCAAGGAACGUUAUUUUUAACAUAAAUGAAACCGCUCUCAUGUUGGAAUGGAGCCCACCAAGUGACACAGGAGGGAGAAAAGACCUCACCUAUAGUGUUAUUUGUAAGAAGUGUGGGUCUGAUGCCAGUCAGUGUGAGAUUUGUGGAGGAGGUAUCCGAUUCGUUCCAAGACAUACUGGGCUAACCAAUUCCUCAGUGACUGUGCUUGAUUUUGUGGCCCAUGUGAACUACACUUUUGAAAUAGAAGCCAUGAAUGGAGUCUCCGAACUGAGUUUUUCACCCAAGCAAUUUACAGCUAUUACAGUUACCACGGACCAAGAUGCACCCUCCUUGAUAGGUAUGGUCAGGAAGGACUGGGCUUCCCAAAACAGCAUUGCCCUCUCAUGGCAAGAGCCUGAUUUUCCUAAUGGAGCCAUUCUGGACUACGAGAUCAAGUACUAUGAGAAAGUCUACCCACGGAUAGCGCCGGCAUUUUGGCACUACCUGCGGGUAGAAGAGCAUGAGCAACUAAGCUAUUCCUCCACAAGGUCGAAGGCUCCAAGUGUUAUCGUCACAGGCCUCAAGCCAGCCACCAAGUAUAUAUUUCAUAUCAGAGUCAGAACUGCAACGGGAUACAGCGGCUAUAGCCAGAAGUUUGAAUUUGAAACUGGAGAUGAAACUUCAGAUAUAGCCGCAGAACAGGGGCAGAUUCUGGUCAUUGCCACGGCUGCUGUCGGUGGAUUCACUCUCCUAGUCAUUCUCACUCUGUUCUUCCUCAUCACUGGAAGGUGCCAAUGGUAUAUAAAAGCAAAAAUGAAGUCUGAAGAAAAACGAAGAACUCAUUUGCAAAAUGGACAUUUGCGAUUCCCAGGAACCAAAACAUAUAUUGAUCCAGACACAUAUGAAGACCCAUCACUCGCUGUUCAUGAAUUUGCAAAGGAGAUAGAUCCAUCACGAAUUCGUAUUGAGAGAGUUAUUGGGGCAGGUGAAUUUGGAGAAGUGUGUAGUGGCCGCCUGAAGACGCCUGGUAAAAGGGAGAUUCCUGUUGCCAUUAAAACUCUGAAAGGUGGUUAUGUGGACAGACAGAGACGGGACUUCUUACGAGAAGCUAGUAUCAUGGGACAAUUUGACCACCCAAAUAUCAUCCGCCUUGAAGGAGUUGUUACAAAAAGAUCCUUCCCGACCAUUGGGGUGCAGUCUCUUUGCCCAAGAUUCCUGAGGGAAGGAUUUUUAAAUAGCAUUCCAGCCCCACAUCCUCUGUCAGCAGGAGGAUCUUUGCCCCCCAGGAUUUCCACUGGCAGACCAGUAAUGAUUGUGGUUGAAUACAUGGAGAAUGGAUCCCUUGACUCCUUUCUACGGAAACACGAUGGCCACUUCACAGUCAUCCAACUGGUUGGAAUGUUACGUGGAAUUGCAUCUGGCAUGAAAUAUCUCUCAGAUAUGGGCUAUGUACAUCGAGACUUGGCAGCUCGGAAUAUUUUGGUCAACAGUAACCUCAUGUGUAAAGUCUCUGAUUUUGGAUUAUCACGGGUAUUAGAGGAUGAUCCUGAAGCAGCUUAUACAACAAGUGGUGGAAAAAUUCCCAUAAGAUGGACAGCUCCUGAAGCUAUAGCCUACAGGAAAUUUUCUUCAGCCAGUGAUACAUGGAGUUAUGGGAUUGUCAUGUGGGAAGUGAUGUCAUAUGGAGAAAGACCAUAUUGGGAGAUGUCUAACCAGGAUGUCAUUCUGUCCAUAGAAGAAGGUUACAGGCUUCCAGCUCCCAUGGGCUGCCCAGCUUCUCUCCACCAGCUAAUGCUUCAUUGCUGGCAAAAGGAGAGAAAUCACCGGCCAAAGUUCACUGACAUUGUCAGCUUCCUAGACAAAUUGAUUCGCAACCCCUCUUCUCUCCAUACCCUAGUGGAGGAUGUACUUGUAAUGCCAGAUUCACCUGGUGAAGUUCCUGAAUAUCCUUUCUAUGUAUCAGUCAGUGAUUGGCUGGACUCAAUAAAAAUGGGCCAAUACAAAAACAACUUCAUGGCAGCAGGGUAUACAACUAUGGAUCUUGUUUCAAGAAUGAGUAUUGAUGACAUUAGAAGAAUUGGUGUUGUACUUAUUGGACACCAGAGACGAAUAGUGAGCAGUUUACAGACUUUGCGAUUACACAUGAUGCACAUACAGGAGAAAGGAUUUCAUGUAUGAAAGUUCUAGAAGCGACUGUGUUUUGUGCCUCAGCAUUUCUAAAAUGGAAGAUACUCUAAUUCCUUCUUUCUGCUCUUCCCAGCUUCAAGAACUGCAACCUCCUAUUCAUACUAUAAAAACAUGUUUAUGUUAAUACUUCCAACUUGGAAUUUUUAAUCACACUGCAUAGAUCCUCCCUCAAUUAACUACCAAUAACAUCUUGGCCCACUGCAAGACUGUUGCUGCACACUGGCAGCUCAGCAUAACUCUGUAUGACAGUAAAGUAUUUGGAAAACUUUCACUGACUUCUUUGAAAGUUAAAGCCUUCUUGGGUUGGAGUGGCUACCUUUUUGAUGUAUUAGAGUUUGACGGUAGAUUUAAAAAAGUAAUUGACAUUUCUUUCAUGUUUUGUGACCAUUUAGCUUCCAAUAUAAAAUGUGCAAUCAAGAGAAAGAGUUUGACAUAAAUAUUUAUUUUAUUGUUAACUAAAUCCCAAAUGUAUGGGUACUGUUACAUUUACUUUGUACUAGUUGGAUUGCUAGUAUGCUGGUAUGGAAGUUGUUAUAAUUCUUGGUGAGAAUGAGCUAUGACAACUUAUAGUGAAUACUUGUGGUGUGUGAACAGGCUAACGUGGAUGAUUAGAGAGGAUGAUGGGCCAUCACAUUUUUGUGGUGCUUUGUGUUUACAUUUAUUUGCUUGGACUUCAGGUUUCUUUACCCUACAUAGUUCAGAGUAACUUGCAUAUUUAAUUAUGACUAAUUUUAGAGUUACUCAUUUCUUAAUCUUCUCUAUAUGCCUCUACUACAUACUGAAUUAUUCCCAGAAAAGUUGGUUAAGCAACAUGCAAUAUAUUAUUGUCAGCUAUUCUGCAAAAUGCAGCUAUGCAGACUUUAUACAUUAUGAAUUUAUACUUAUGCUGCAAAACCAUUUGCUAAUUGUGCACAAGGAAAUUCUUCAUUGACCAUAGUUUUAUUAUAGCAUAUUUAUCUUCUAUAGGCCAGCCAAUUUUUUUAUUUGGGGGAAAAAAUUAAAAAUUAUUUUCCCCUAAAUAUAGUUACAUAAAAAAUAGCAAUUUUAUUCCAGUGUUUUCAGUCUUGGGGAUAUUUUCAGUUUCUCCUUGCUUGGGUGGGGGGGAGUUUUCUUAUUUGUACAGGAGAGUACUCUAGUGAUGAUGUCACUCACACUUGAGAACCCUCAUGGCAUUUAUCCAUUAAUAGCCAAUGGCUCUCCUCAAUUAAUCAGCACAGUGUGCUAGACUGUGCAAGAAUGUGACCUAGAGAGAAGAAAGAGCAGUGCUGAGAAAUGUUGCCCAUUUGAGAGGUAAACCAGGCUGAUAUACAGAGUAAUUAAAGUAAUUAAUCAGGUGGUGCUCAUUAACUUGGCCAUCGUAAUUGAUUUAGUCCUUCCAGUUAUAACUUUUAAUAGCCAUAUUAUAUACCUGAAAGAAAAUGCUCUAAGAUAUCUGUACCUGCACAAAACCUUCAUAGAUCUACUGGGCUACAUCUUCCAAACUCUGCACGGGAUAUAUGCUGCUAUGUACCAGAAAUGAGCACAUCUGCAUGCUCUGAAAGCCAUGCACAACCACACAUAUGUCACAUGUAGGGACAGCACAAUGCAUUGAUACAGUUAUGUCAAGCAACACUAUAAUCGAGCAUUUCUGAUUUUCGCUUUAAGGGUAGAUAGAGGCAGGUCCUAAACAAGAGUGAUUUAAAAUGAAUUAACCAAACAAAAGUUUCACAAUCACUACAGUCUUAUUAACAGUUUAAAGGCUGAAAAUUGUGUUUGUGACAGACAUUGAAAUAUGGUCCUAGAUGGCUGAUUCUUCUGUAUAUUUUCAGUAUAGUUGGUGGUGUACUACAUAACUGUGCCACAUUUAGAGUACUUUUUGUUUAAAACUUCUUAGGCCCUUUAAACAAACAAAAAGGGUUUUCUAAAGAUAUGGAAUGGAAUCAGUGAAAAUGUUUUGAUUAUAACUGUACCACAACAUUGUCCACGGAUGCCAAUAUUUUUAGCAUCCUUUGUAAGUUUGGAAUUUAAUCCAAACGUUCCAAGUUACCUUCAUGCAUGCAAGCACUCCCAUUCAGUGUGCCAGGUCUUGUUUGCAGGAUUGGAAGAAACAUGCUUUGCUUCAUUAUUUCUAAAAAUAUUCAUUUGAAUGUUUGUGGGGGGUGGUUUGGAUUGCUCUUAUCUCUAAUGGGAAAGCAGCCAUACAAACUGUAAUUUUAAAGAAAUCCAGUCUUGUGUAUAAAAGACGCCUUUCCUUUUCUGUUAAGCUUUUCCACUUGCCUGUCAUAGCUUUGGUGCUCAUCCUAAUGCCAGUCCUGCAAGUUUGCCAAUAACCUUUUGAAGCUCUAUUGAAACACUGCAACUGAACUUGAAGACUGGUUCACACAAACAAGAGUCCACUUGUAAAGCAACUAUGAAUAGGCUUCUUUUUGGUGCAAACUACUUGUGUGCAGCUGCUCGCUACACAGAUCCACCAUGCUACCACAAUCCACCAUUUAAUUUGUAUUAUUAUUUACUUUUCUAUGUAAACUGCUUUGAGGACUUUGUUGAAAAGCGGUAUAUAAAUAUUCAUAUUCAUAUUCAUAGUCAUGUUUGUGAUACCACAGUGCACAUCACCUGAUCUUCAGGGCAAACAGCUAGACAUGGCUUGGUUCCUAAGUGAAACAGUCUCCACGUGACUCAUUUUUACAUUGUUAGCAUGUGGCUGUUUGUUUGAAAGAACAUUCUACGAUGUUAUGGAAGUGCCAAAAGCCAUGUGGCAGGUAAACCACUUACAGAGACUGGCUUAACAAACAGGUAAUAUUUUUGACCUGUGUUGUUAACAUUGUUAUAGCUAGCUAAAUCUAGCAAAGUAUAUCCCUAUGAACACAACAAAGGGUGAUAAAAUACACUCAUUAUUUGCAGUUUAAUCUUGGAUAUAGCUGAUAUGGUUCCCGAGCUGAAUGUGCAGCGACGUCUGCAUUCAGCAGAUAUCACUGUUUUUGACAUUCAAAGGGAACUUGCAUAGAAGUGUCUGCAUCAACAACCUGAGCAUUUCCCUCCUCAGAGUUCCACUUUGAACAUCACAAGAGGCAGCAGCAUCUGAAUGCAGACAUGACUGUAGCUUGGUGCAUUAUUUGGCAACACCUGAAACCACUAGAAUAAUGAGAGAUUGGAUAUUAAUUAUUUUCUAAUUAGUAUCUAUAGUCACUCACAAUGGACUAGAACUAUAUGGCCAAGCUGUUCCUCACAUGUGUACAUUUCCAUUAGUAUGGCUGAAAAGAGGCAUGUUGUGCAUUGCCAGACUAGUUACAGUAUAUGGUCAAUUUGUUUCCAGAUGUAUCACUCUAUGGAAAAUAUAUUUUCAAUAGAAAAAGGUAGAAAAAGAUCACAGUAUAAACAUUUAUUAAAUAUAUUUUUAUAAUAAUAAUCAUCUAAAGAAAAAGGAAAGGAAUGGAAUGGAAGUUCUUUUAGUAACUAUCUUGGGUUGUUGUUUUUAACCCCUUUAAAAUUUUCUCCUGUAUUUUCUUGAUGUCUGUGGACAGGUUUUGAGUUUGUUUGGUUCUCUGCACCCCACCCCACCCCACCACACCCCCGUUUUAUUGUGGAACAUUUUCUUAAUAAUGUACUUAUUAAAAAUACAAUUUCCACAUGUUAGAAGCUGCAUUUGGGGAGGGUUUCCCCCACUUAAAGUUUGUUCUCUCAUACAGAAUGAUCUUCCCAUGAGAGAACAAACUUUGAUGUGUUGACAGAGUUCCACGCUUCCCUGUUUUCUUCAUUCUUCACUCCAAGGGGCCGCUAGGGAUUGGUGUGAACACAGGCCCCCUCUCCUUUUGCUAUGCCCCUGUUCUGUAUGUACAAGUGUUAUUCGUCAUAAUUAUGUGCACAUAUCCAUAAGAUCUAGGUGGACCUUAAAUAUACAUAAAAGCUGCUUCUCCUCUUCUAUUCAAAUUGGUUCUCUUCAGUUUAAACCUGUUUUGCUUUAGCAAUUUGGCAGACAUUAGAACAGGGGAAAGACACUAAUGUGAUAAAUUAAAAUAGAUUGGCUGACAUCCUUCCUGACUAAAAUAUUCAAUGGAAGUCCUAUUGAAAUUAUGUUGUCCUUUAGAGUAACUGAUGAGUAACCUAGUCGGGAUAUCAGCCAUUGUGAGCAUAGGGGAGUGUUAUUUUAUCUAUCACAGAAGGACAGGCCCUGGCUUAAAGGCAUUGUACUCUGUGAGCACCUAAAAUUCCUGAUUAAAUAAUUUCGAUACUUGACAGUCUGCCCAAAAGGACAAAGUUGAAAUUAUCAACAGGCUAGAUAGUAUCAUACACUUAUUUCUCCUAUAAAUAGAGAAUGCUUAAUUUUUCCUGCUUUGAAACUCUUCAGUGCUAUCAUGGUAUGGUGGGGUGGGGAGACGAGACAGAUUAUCUUGAUCUGGACCAAAAAAUAUCUUUGAAGUGUGUAUUGUUUUUAAGAAACUAACUGUGGGGGGAUAGUUUAUCAUCCUUCUAUUAGAAAUUAUUAUAAUGUUUGAAAACAUGAUGGGACCCAAAAAAAGGCUUCAGAGCCUGAUUUUCAUUCUUGGCACAUGCACAGGCAGCAAGAGAGGCCUAGGAAGUAUAGCAAAUUUGUGCAUGCCUCCCAUUUCCUAGUCUGCUCCCUCCACCACUCUGUCAACUUACAUUGAACAUUGGAGCUUGAGUGACUUCACUGUGCGUGUGUUUGGCAGGGGGCGGGGCGCUGCAUGGGGAUGUAGGAAGCAUGCAUUCCAGAUACACCAUCUGGACUGACCUGGUAUAUUUCUGCACAGGUAUCUAUGCAUUUACAGUGAGAGGGGGAAAUAGGGCCCUUCCUAGCCCUAUAGGCAACCUCCAUGCUUGGGUGCUACACCUGCAUGGAGAAGGAAUUUUCCCAAAUGUCCUUUGAUGUUUGAAGGUUCACAAUCCAACAUAAGUGUGCCAAAGCCCAUUGAUUUCACUGGGUCUAGGACUGCUUAAGUCUGUACUGGAUUGUGGUUCUUGAAAGUUGUGAUAAAAUUAGAAGAGAAGUAAUGAGCUUUUCUCUUUCAUGACCAUUCUUCCCAGUUGUACUUUUUAAAGGGCCAGUUAGGGCCAUGGCACAUGCCUUUGAGCAUAAGUAGUAAAAGGGGUAUCCCACAGCAUGUCUUAUUGUCCAUUUGCAAUAGAAGAUAGAGCAUAAUCUGGCUUGGAUCUAAAGAACUGUGCUCAUGGCAAAGGGCUUUCCCAACCCCUACUCUCUAUGGCAGCCAUCCCCUGAAAUGUUACUCUUGAGUUUCAGGCUGAUGUAUGGAACAUGGGGAGCUGCAGCAGGAGAGAAGAACCACCUUGCGCUAGUGGAAGUGGCUUUCACUAGUGCAAGAGCAGCUUUGGGUCCAAACCUGCACAAUCAGAUCUGAUCAUAUGUAUUCUUCCCACAUCAUAUGCAUAUGCAGCCAUUUGGCCCUCAGCCAUUUGGCCUUUCCACUGAUAUAAAAAAGAUAAAGUUGCCUGUGUUUUGCCCAAAGGAAGCCUGGCUGUAUAGAUCUGUGCUAGCUGCAGCUAGUACUGUUUGCAAACUAAAGUAGCAUCUGAGUGAUGCCAAGUGUAGCAGAAUUAGUCAGGUCUGACCACCAGAUCCAGACAAGGAAAGAUUGUGCAAGGUUAUGCAGGUAUUCUAUUUAUAUCAAUGGGAUUUAUCCUUUUCUCCCACACCAUAGAUAUUUUCUUUCCCCUCCACCAUCUUCCAUGGCUACCUUUUGUGCAUAUGAAAUCAAAUCCAGAAGGAUGAUCAAUGCAUGAAAGCCCUUGCUAGAUCAGGGUGAAUAGUUUUAGGAACAGUUGCAUCCAUCAGCUAAUCCAAUUAAUUAUGUAUACCUGGUUUGUGUCUUUAAAGCAAUGAUCCAAAACGCUUAAAGAAGCAUUGGAAUGUUCCUAUACACUCCAAUAAGACUUCAGUCUUAUGUAGAUAUCUUCAAGGUCAUUUCAUAUAUUUUCAAUAAAGUCAAAUAUCUAAUUUUUUAAUCUUAAAAUAACUUCCAAUUUAUAAAAACAACAACUGAGAAAUAAUCACAGACAGAUGACCUGGCACAUAAGAAUGGCUUGCUUUCUUAUUUCCUAGUGCCAAAUAAAACUAACUAAAUUAAAAGUAUUUUAAAAUGAGAUUCCCUACCAUUAUGAUUUAAUUUGAGCUAUUUAUUCAAGUGCUACCAAGAUUGACUGAAUCAUGAAUAGGUGGAGUUUACACCCAUGAAAAAUGAUAGAACUAGAGAAACAGGUGAAAAAACAGCCAAGUAUGGCCUUUUAUUUUACUGUAUUCUCAGUUGUGGUCUGAUAGGAAGCUCUUCUUUCCCCUGCUUAAAAUACAUUAUCAAAAUACAAAAAAUAAUUAUUAUUAAGUGUUAGUACUGCAUAACCUCAAACAAAUCAGUAAUGUAGGCAUGUGUUUAAAUACAAUUAUUCUAAAUACUAGAAAAGCUUCAUUAACUAUUAAAACCAAGACAAACAACACCAUGAAAACAGCAGGUAUCUAUUUGUUCAGGAUGUUCUGCACCACCAUCUUUGGGUCUUCCCAUUUCAGCUUCUGUUCAAACAAGCAUACUACCCCACUUUUUAUAAAUGUAUGGAGUUGUGUGGUUUUUUUUUUAAACUGAAUCAAAACUCAGGAUGUUGAAAGUUUUAUAAUAAAAAUAUUAAUCCAUAAUCAUAUUAUGCUUCCUACUCUAUCUUGUUCUGCUGUGUCCCAAAUUUUUCUCAUUAUCUUAUAUUUACAAAAUUGCAAAUGGCCUAUGAACCUUCUGUUCACAUUGCCUGUACAACAUUUUAAUCCAUGGGGAGGUAUGCAAAUUUCCAGCUCAGAAAGAAGUGAACACCACAAGAAGAGUGAAUGAAGGUCGCAAAGUUGUACCUUCUGUUUCGAAAGUGGAUUAUGUCGUACUGGUAAACAGGGAAGAAAAGUUGAAGCAAUGGUCAGAAUAAAGGGAGCUCACUGCAGGACUAAUGACAGUAAGCAAUUCAUGAUUGCCCCAGCACUAGUCCCAAAUGUACUGAGCUCUGAAAUACUGUGCUAAAAGUGCGGGGGGGGGGGGGGACCUCAAGCCUCACCUCUCUGGGGAAAGGCUAGCUUGCCAUGAAAGCAGUAUCACUCUGAGGCCGAGUCAUGCCACUAUGGCAAUGCUAAGAAGUGGUGUGGUAAGCCCCUUGCUACUGCUGGGCAUGAUGUGGCAAUGAAAACAGAUGCCAGAGAUAAUGUGUUCUGGGAAAGUCCUGAAAGGAUUGGUGAAUGUUGCUGAAAGGAAAGCAAUCCUAGGGAGUGGUGGGAUGGAGUCACUGGGAAUGAUUCUGCCUCCUUUCCAAUAAAAGAAUCCACAGAAAUAUGUUUUCCAGUAAUUGUCUCUCAGGAUGGCACAGGGAUCAAGUCCUUAUGAGUCUUAGGCCCGAAGCCUUCCCAGGCCCCUCCUCCAAAGAGGAGUAUGGGACCUCGGCCAUUAUAACACAAAAGCCAAUGUCAGAAUAAAAAGGUCGUGGUAGAACCAUAUUAGAUGUGCCUAGCUCUAAGAAAAGAUGUGGUCUUUAAAGUCACUUCUGGAGCUUUGUCUACUCUUCCUGUCUCUUCUUUCCAGAACAGAUUAGUGCACAUGUGAUUCACAGUUCAAUUACAUUAUCAAUAAACAAUUGAUAUGCAUGACUCUAUGAGUUAUAAAGCACAUGCACUGAAGCAACUCUAUCUGCAAACUUCUUAUAUUGAAAUGAGCUCUACUCUCUUCAGGAGAACUAAUUUGCAAGUAAAUGGCUUGAGAUCACAGCUUUAAAUCUACACAUGUUCUUGCCUACAACUUACACUUGAAGAUAAGGCCCACUGAUUUCAGUGGAGUUUAUUUUCCAGUACUGAGGCUUGAAACUAUUACUGCUACAACAAAAUGUUAAAAUACAAUACCUAUCCUAAAAUAUUCACGUUUUAUAGCAAGUUCAUAUAUCAGAAAUUUCUGAAGGUCCAACUAGUUACUGUAACUUAUUUACUUAAACAGGAAUACUUCUGGACUCCAAAUAAGAGAUGUUCAAAUAUUUUAUUCUUAAUCAUUUAAAAGCACUCUAAUAAGUACUUUAUAAUUCUUAUUCAGCCUUACCAACACUUAAGAGGCUAGUCGUUAAUGUACCCCUUUUUCAGUUAGAGGAACUAAUGCUCAAAGUGACUUACCCAAACUAAAUAGGUAGUGCAGUGCUCAGCUAAAACUUCUCUUGCAUCCAAAAUAUUAAUAUACUCUUAUAUAUUCUAUACAGCACAAUUAAGAGCCAAUGUCCUUGACACUGGCUCUCAAAGACAUUGUCUCUUAAAUAUUCUGUAUAGUGUUUUUCAUGAAAGUAAAAGACAAUGCCAAGUUGUGUGAAAUGGUAAUGGAAAUAUAGUUAUUUUCCUUUUUAAAGAGAUAUCUCCCAUUCCUAUUCCAUUUGCACUUUCUUUUGUUAAGUUACAAUAAUAAAGCAGGAAUAAUUGUUAAAAAUAAAGCCUAUCAUAUUGAUCUGCAAUCCUAAAGGGAAAUGUGGUAAUUUUCCUACUUAAAUUAGAAAUGAAGUAAUCCACAUUUACUUGAGAGGUGGUAUUAUUUUUGUCAUUUGAGAUCUACUAUGAUAUUAUGAUGUUCCAUGUAAAUUUUCAUGUGUUGGCAUGCCUAUAAGUUAGUAGUGUAAUAAAAUGUUCAGCUCUCAUAACUAGGGCGUUUUAAGGUGAAUUGCAUUCAUAUGCCAUCUAUUUGCAGAAAGAAUAUGGGGUUUGGCAAAGCUACAUGCUGAGCAACAUAAUAAGAUAUUUGUACAAAGUACAAGUUACUGAUGAUUAUUGUAUUUUAUUUUUCUAUGAUUUCCUAAGAGGCAUUAUCAGGUCUUACAGAUGGAGUAAGCCUGUUUAUUAAGAUAUUUAUUAGCAAAUAAAAGUACAGUACUGGUGAUUA